UUUCCGUCCAGGUGUCCCCCGCUGGUCCUAGGGUGCACCGGCUGCUGGCUGUCCAGGGGGCCUUUAUAUCGAAGCCGGUCUUUGCUGCCGUGAGACGAGCGCCGGCGGGGCACAGCUGAGGUGCAGUUUCCGCGGGCGGGCACGAGCGCGCGCGCCUCCGCGGGGCCAGUCUCGCGAGAUCUCGGGUGGGCCUCGCCGCCGGCCGCAUCCGGAAACUACAUUUCCCGGGGUCUUUGGCGGCAGGACUACGUUACCCAGGGGCCUGCGCAUCCCUCUCGCCGCGGACAGCCCGGAGGGAUGUGGAGCCGCCGGCUCGGGAGGCUGCUGCGGAGGGAAUGCGGAGGGGGGCGCCGGCGCCCAGCGCUUCGCGGGCUCAGCUUCCCCCCGGCCCUGCGCAGAGACUUCUUAACCACCACGACCAAAGAAGGCUACGAUGUGAGGCGUGUGGACAUAACUCCUCUGGGACAAAGAAAGUUAACUUUUGAUACCCAUGCGUUGGUUCAGGACUUGGAAACACAUGGAUUUGACAAAGCACAGGCAGAAACAAUUGUAUCGGCAUUAACCACUUUAUCAAAUGUCAGCCUGGAUACCAUCUAUAAAGAGAUGGUCACCCAAGCUCAGCAGGAAAUAACGGUACAACAGCUAAUGGCUCAUUUGGACUCCAUCAGGAAAGACAUGGUUAUCCUAGAGAAAAGUGAAUUUGCAAAUCUGAGAGAAGAAAACCAGAAAAUGAAAAUUGAAUUAGAGCAAGUUAAGCAACAACUGAUAAAUGAAACCAGUCGAAUCAGAGCAGAUAAUAAACUGGACAUCAACUUAGAAAGGAGCAGAGUGACUGAUAUGAUCAAGAAAAGAAACUUAUGGAAGCAACUACAGAAUUCACCAAUAAAGAUACCAAAACCAGAAGUAUUAUUUCAGAGACCGGUAAUAAAAUUGAUACUGAAAUUGCUUCUUUAAAAACACUGAUGGAAUCUAACAAGCUUGAGACAAUUCGUUAUCUUGCAGCCUCGGUGUUUACUUGCCUGGCAAUAGCAUUGGGAUUUUAUAGAGUCUGGAAAUAACAGCGAAUCAUUGCAUUGUGCUCAUCUGUGCUACUGUUUACCAGAGACUUUUCCUGGAAAGGUUUUCUCUUGAAUAUAGAAAGUUGCAUCAGAGAUUUAAUACAAGGUUAUUCCAAGUAUAUGUGGACUAAAAAAGAAGUGUUUCAAACUGGAUGAAGUACUUUAUCUUAUUUUGUAUAUAUCUAUUUUAUUCUAUUGAAAAGCUGCCAUUCAAAACCUGAUUAACAUGCAAUAGAACUUUUGUCUUUAACCUUUUGAUAGUGCUUGUAAAUAAUCAGAAAUAGAAAUAGUACAGAAUUGUUUUAUA